CAAUACCAACGUGCGAACAAACUCCAGUGGAAAAUUUUUAUAGGAUUCUCGGUCGCGAGAUGGCAGCAGCAGAUUGCAGCGGCCGGCGGCGGUUCGCGGUGGCAUGCGGGGUGCUCAGCCGGUGCGUCAGAGCCGAGGCCGCGGCCGGGAAGAUGGUGGCGGCGGAGUCUCACGCUCGUGCCGGGUCGGCGUCGACCAUGCUUCUCAUGCCGGGCGCCGACGUCGCGCUCGACGUUGUCGGGGAAGGGGCGGCCGAGGCAACGCCGGCGCCGACGCGGGCGCGGCUGACGAUAAUGCACGGCGGGCGCGUGCUGGUGUUCGACGACGUCACGGCUGACAGGGCAGCGGAGCUGGUGCGCGUCGCCGCCGGCCAGCAAGUCAUCCUCGGUGGGAGUAGGACGACCGACGACGUCCCGGUGGCAAGGAAGGCGUCGCUGCGGCGGUUCAUGGAGAAGAGGAGGGACAGGAUCGCCACGCGGUCGCCGUACGCCGCCGCCGCUGCGUUCCCGACGGCGGCCGAGAACGGGAAGGAGGGGGAAGCUGACACCGCCGGCUGCUGCCUCGAGCUGGGUAUUUCAGGUGGAAGCGCGUGCUGAUGCAGCCGGCCUUAUCGGUCUUUCAUUAUGUGAUACCGCCGCUGUGGCAUGUGGAGCAUGUUGUUUCGUAGUACGACUAGGCAGUUCACUGACGUGUAUAGCAAAUGCAAAUUUUCAGCUUUAGAUUCGUUGCAAAUACCCUCGCAAGUUGCCAAUAUGUGCUUUUCUUGUUUGAACUAUCGUUUUGAGUUUGUUGGUGAUCAA